AUGGGUAUUCAGAGAUCAACAUAUAAUGUCAUUGUAGUUUCUAUCAUUGUCAUGCUUUUAAUCACAGGACAUGAUCCACGAUUUUACAAGUUUCAAAUUUUGGAAGAACAUAAAGAACGAUCAGAAGCUAGACCAGGGGUAAAUGCUGACUCUUAUUGUCCAGGGGUAUGUCAACCCGGAGUUGAACCAGUCUGCAGUACACUCUGCGGUAACUUAGGGUUUCCUCAAGGCUACUGUCAAGGAUUAACGUGUUGUUGCAACCAAUUCCCCUCCCCACCUCCACCCCCACCCCCAUCCCCACCCUGCCCAAACCAUUGUUAG